GUGUGCACGUUAACCAGUGGAUGUAUGGAUGUGAGUGGGAUGAUGAGGCUGGAGCCACAGAGGGGUUUGAACAGUGGGGAUAUGAUGGAGAGGACUUCAUAGCAUUUGACCUGAAGACAAAGUCAUGGAUCGCCCCAACGCCACAGUCAGUCAUCACCAAACUCAAGUGGGACAGUGACACAGCUCACAAUGAGCACGAAAACUACUACACCCAGAUCUGCAUUGAGUGGCUGAAGAAGUAUGUGGACUAUGGGAAGAGCACUCUGAUGAGGACAGUCCCUCCGUCAGUGUCUCUGCUCCAGAAGACCCCCUCCUCUCCAGUGACCUGCCACGCGACAGGUUUCUACCCCAGUGGAGUCAUGGUGUCCUGGCAGAAAGACGGACAAGAUCACCAUGAAGAUGUGGAGUACGGAGAGACUCUCCAGAACGAUGACGGAACCUUCCAGAAAAGCUCCCACCUGACAGUGACACCUGAGGAGUGGAAGAACAACAAGUAUCAGUGUGUGGUUCAAGUCACGGGUGUCAAGGAGGACUUCAUCAAGGUUCUGACUGAGUCUGAGAUCAAGACCAACUGGAAUGACCCCAACAUUGUCCUCAUCAUUGUAGUGGUGGUAGCUCUCCUCCUGCUCGUCGUUGCUGUUGUUGUUGGGGUCGUCAUUUGGAAGAAGAAGAGCAAGAAAGGCUUUGUUCCGGCCAGCACUUCCGACACUGACUCUGACAACUCUGGGAGAGCUGCCCAGAUGACUUGAGAGACCUCUCUGCUCUUCUGUAGCAUCAGAGUGCUGAAGAGGAACGUCUCAAGAACAUAACACACGUAUACUUGCACACACACACACACACACACACACACACACACACAACACAGGAGGUUGGUGCCACCUUAAUUGGGUCGAGCGGGCUUGUGGUAAUUGCUAGAGCGGAAUGGUACCAAAUACAUCAACAUGGUUUGAUCUACUCCGUUCCAGCCAUUAUUAUGAUCUGUCCUCCCCUCAGCAGCCUCCUGUGACACACACACACUGUAAACACAGAUCCAUACAUCAACAAAAAAAAUCUGCUGUCAAAAAUAUUAUUUGGUGAUUUUCAUUUGAACAGUUUUACUUUCAUUUAAUCUAUAGUUUGGCUUUUUAAAGUGUUGUAAUGUGUUUUGAAUUGUUAAAUGUUAUAUUGCCACUGUGUGAGGUUUAUCUCGUUCUUACAGGUAUACUAGAAUCAAUGGAAAGGAUUAGAUUGUUGUGAGAUGUUAAAUUAAGAUUUUAACUUAGAUUAUUCUACAAAUAAAACAUAAAUUUGCUUGAUUUUCUCUUAACUGAAGCCAUCAAAACAACCACAUUUAAAAGAUAUUGCUGUAAACCGGAAAAACAACAUUAUUUUGUGUAGUGUAGCUGCACAUGUGUAGGUUUUAGUGGGAUAACAGAGUAAUUGUGUGACAUGUUCGAUCUUUGCUCACUGUCUUGUUUAACUGUAUGGCCAUAAACCUGACAAGGCCCAUCAUUCACAUGUUCCAUUUGUAAAUAUUUCUCUUUUAAUGAAAGUGGCUUUAUUGCUCUAGUUUUUAUGAUACGUUUGAUUUCUGAUAUUUUUGGGGGUAGUAGGAUGUGUAAAAAUAAGUUGGUGAUGGGGCAAGUUGAACAAUUAUUUUAUUGCAACUGUUUGCGCUUUUUAAUAUUAUCUAAUACAAGUCCAGAAAACAGCAUAGUAAAAGUGAUCCAUUUAAGAGAUACAUAAUGAAGCAGCGAAACAACAAAUUAGAGACCAAAUUCAUGCCUUCUGUCAUAAUGUUCUUACACUUUCAAUAAAGUCUACAAAAUUUGAA